CUACUCUUGACCCUUCCGACGACGACUACGACGACCGCAACGAGUAGCAAUCAUGUCUUUCGGAAGCUUCCAGUCAAUAUGCGAGACGGCGAGUAUACCACUCUGCUCGCUGGUGGGACCUUAUGGCUCGUCGAGAGUGAUGAGACCGGGCAUCGAGGCGCUGUGCUACUCACGAAGCAUAGAAACGGCAAACACAAUCAUUUUCCAGCUUGCUAACGACUUUGUUCAUAUUCUCGCGCUGAUUAUGUGUUCAAUAAUGGUACUUCACGUACGGUCGAAAUUCACCGCUGUUGGUCGGAAGGAGAUCACCUCAUUCUUUUACCUGUUUAUGCUCCUCACUGUCAUUUCCCUCUGCCUUGAUUCUGGCGUCAUCCCCAUCGGGUCGGCUCCGUACGCAUACUUUACCGCUGUCCAAGCCGGCUUAACAUCAGCCCUAUGCACAUGUCUUCUCAUCAACGGGUUCAUCGGGUUUCAAGUUUACGAAGAUGGCACCGCGCUAUCAGUAUGGCUCCUGCGACUCUCGACGGUAGCAAUGUUUAUCGUGACCGGCGGCGUCGCAAUUUGCACAUUCCAAAGUUGGAUCGGACUAAGCCCCACUAAGACUAUGGCGCUCUUCGUCGUCCUCUAUGUUGUUAACGCUCUUUUCCUCUUUGUCUACGUCGCCUGCCAGGUCAUUUUGGUCAUGGCGACCCUGGAGGACAGAUGGCCGUUGGGUGACAUCGUCUUUGGCGUUUUCUUCUUCGUCGUGGGACAGGUACUUUUGUACGCUUUCAGCGAUAAGCUCUGUGACAAAGUUUCUCACUACCUUGACGGAUUAUUCUUCUCUUCUAUCUGUAACCUUCUAGGUGUCAUGAUGGUCUACAAGUACUGGGACUCCAUCACAAAAGAAGAUCUCGAAUUCUCCGUCGGCACAAAAACCAACGUGUGGGAAGUCAAAGAGUUAAUCCCGGAGGAAGACCGUCGCACGACCAUCUUCGAACACGCCGGUCCCACUAGCGAUUGCGCAACAAGCACAUACAACUCGAGCGGGAAUCGCGUGAGUCAGGGAUAUGGUGGGUUCUCUGAUCGAUACUAGCGCCCCCCCUCUUGACCCUAUAUCCUCCUUCUUUCAUUGAAAAUCUUGGGUUUUUCAUGCUUUCUUAUUUUUUUACUAGGGGCGUAAAUGGCGUAUAGACCUGUUUUCUUUUCUUGUUUUUGUUUAAAUUUUUUUACCUCUUUGGUAGGGGCUUUGGCUGCUAUCGUGCUCUACAUAACCAUUUAUUUUCCCCUUCUCUUUCAAUCUUGAGGGGUUGUUUUUAUUUUACCGAAGAUGGGAAAGGCAGACGGAAGAGCAAACAUAAUAUACCACUUGGCGGUUUUAGAUGUAGGAUGUUUUUUAUUCUUUUGGUGGUGGUGAUUUUUCGGCUUCUUUUUUCUCUUAUCACCCCCUUCCUUUAUUGUAGGCAAUGCCCGAGGAGGAAGGGAGUCUUUAUAUAUAUACCCUAUCGCACUUACUCAUGUUCACAAUACCUGCUGUACCCAUUGUAUCCUACCCUCAGCACCUUUCUUUCUCUUCCCCUUUCCCCCUUGUCCUAACUACCCAAAUACCAUAGUGGUGUGAUAUCACCAAAACCGAGUCAGCACCAGAAUUCAACACUCAUAUUAUAAUAUACCUUUCCCUCUCCUUCUCCCCCCCCUUCCUUUCCCUAUACCUCCACCAGCCUCAUCGGUUAAUUCGGAUUUAUUUUUAUCUCA